GAGAGAGAGAUAAGAAUUAAGAGAAAAAUAGAAAGGCUAGAUAGAGCGUCUCUUCGUUUGCAGCUUUAAUGGCGUGUGAGACUACGCUGAGUGUGUAGAUAUAUAUACCUACGGUGCCCAGUAACCGUAUCUCAGUGAGUCUUCAAUCUUUGCAUGCUUCACCAACUCCUCCUAAAUAAAACCCACUAACCCAAACCAGAUCGUUUUCUCAAAUGAAAAUGCAAAUGCAAUUGCGAGUUCUAUCGCCAAGACGCCACCUUUGAUUGUUCAGCCCCUACCCAGAUAUGACCGAUUUCUCUUUCAAUCAACGUCUGAAAUGGGUUUUCCCUUUCUGAUUCUGGGCUUCUUUUGAUUUUGCUGCUUUUGUUUUUCUUCUCCAUUUGUUGGUGCUGACAUGGCGAAAAAGAUGAUAGAUAACGCGAAGGACGCUGGCGAACUGGAGGAGCUUGAAAUGUUGCUGGAUGAGAUCCCUCACGCAACAUCACACAAUCUUCCUCAUCUUUGUCAUCGGCAUGGACACGAGCGUGGUGGUGGUGAUGAUCAUGGCUAUUUCGGAAACUAUGGUAAUGGUAAUGGUAAUGGUAUGUAUUAUGAUGAUGAGCCUUUAACUCAGACUAAGUUUCCGUGUGCAUCAUCAUCACCUGUCAGUGGCUUUUCUCUGCAAUCUGAUGGCUCUUCUUCGAGCUUGGCUGGACGUUCCUUAUCUGACGCUGGUUCACCAACCCCUUCUCCUUUUGACGACCUCAAACCUAACAUGCCUUCUGGAACCUUCUGUUACCCCAACACCCUUUGGUUGGAUUCCAAGAUACCCGAUUCGACUUUCGUUGUGAGGGAGAAACCCAGUGAGAGUUUGGUUGAUGAACUUGGCCUAUGCGCCAAUUUCACUAUAAUGUGCAUUGGUAAUGGUAAUCCACAGGAGAAUAGUAAUGUGCUUCCAUUUCGUCAUUCUUCUUUGAAUGCAAAUAAUUUUAACUAUAGUAACAAUAAUCCUUCACUCAGUAAUGUACACAACACGCAUGGUGGGGAUUAUGACAAUUUCAAGAGAGGGUUUUGCGAUUCUGCUGGAUUUCAAUCCCCUUUCACCAGGACAAGGAGUCCUAUCAGUCACUGUGCUGAAAUGAAUUCGGCAUUGUCGGGGUUAACACGGGAUUAUAAAAUAGCUAAUUUAGUUGGAUCACAGCCCUGUCCCGGCCGGCAUGAUGGCCGGUUCUCUCAAUUGAAUGGCUUUGGUGGUUCAAUUGAUUCUCCAAGGCACAGAAGGCAGUUACUGAUGAAUGACUACUAUUGUAGGGGAAGUGUGGCACCCGAGCUUGUUGCUUCCUUGAGUAGAGAUGCGCCAGUUGAUGCUUCCAUGUAUGCACAGAAAUAUGGAAUGAAUUUAUUGGAAGAAAGGGGUGUGUCCAGAUUGCCUAACUAUUCCCUUUGUACUAAUUUUAGGCCUUGUAACGCUGUUCAAGAGUUACAGCAGUAUGGCCUCUCUGUGCCUAAUGCAAGAGCUGUACCACCUUCAAAUGCUAGAGUCCCCCAAGGAAAUCUAGAUGCAGUUGCAAGUGAGGGGAGCUUCAUCAUACAAGGUGAAGGUUUAAAUUAUGUUGUUGGCAGGGAUUUGAAUCAUUCAAAGUGUCAGCGUGCUGUGCGCGAAACUGGCUUUGCUAAGCAGCUACAGAGGUCUGAGCUAGACAUCAGACACCAAGUUGUAGGACAUGAAAAUCCUAGGAGUCCUAGGAAUGGUUGCUCAUUCCCUUUGUUACCCAAGUAUAAUUCCCUUGCAGAUGCUAGAGGGUCGAUAUAUUUAAUAGCCAAAGAUCAGCACGGCUGUAGAUUCCUGCAAAGAAUGUUUGAUGAGGGUGCACCAGAAGACAUUCAAGUGAUAUUUAAUGAGAUCAUUGAUCAUGUCGUGGAACUUAUGAUGAAUCCUUUUGGAAAUUACCUCAUGCAGAAGUUGUUGGAUGUCUGCAAUGAAGAACAGAGGAUGCAGAUCAUACUCAUGGUUACUUUGGAACCGGGGCAGCUUGUUAGAAUCUCUUUAAACACUCAUGGCACUCGUGUGGUACAAAAGCUGAUUGAGACUCUCAAAACUAGGCAGCAAAUUCUGUUAGUUGUGUCGGCUCUUGAACCAGGAUUCUUGGCCCUCAUCAAAGAUCUUAAUGGAAAUCAUGUGGUUCAGCAUUGUCUGCAAUGCCUGAGCAAUGAAGAUAACAAGUUCAUAUUUGUUGCUGCUGCAAAGUAUUGCGUUGACAUUGCAACUCAUCAACAUGGAUGUUGUGUUCUGCAAAGAUGCAUUGGUCAUUCAAGUGGGGAGCACAGAGAAAAACUGGUUGCAGAAAUAUCUGCUAAUGCACUUCUGCUAGCUCAAGAUCAAUAUGGAAAUUAUGUUGUUCAAUUUAUCUUGGACUUGAGGAUUCCAUCUGCCACUGCAACUUUAAGCUUGCAAUUUGAGGGUAAAUACGUGCACCUGUCAAUGCAGAAGUUCAGUAGCCAUGUGGUCGAAAAAUGUCUUGCUGUAUUCAAUGAUGAGAAUCGGUCAAGAGUCAUUCGUGAACUGCUUUCAACUCCUCACUUUGAACAGUUGCUUCAAGAUCCACAUGCUAAUUAUGUUGUUCAGUCAGCUCUUCGACAUUCUGAGGGCCAUGUGCAUAAUUCACUAGUUGAAGCAAUUGAAAGCCACAAAGCAAUUUCACGAAACAGCCCGUAUUCCAAGAAGAUUUUCUCGCAGAAGCUUUUAAAGAAAUGAUGUAUAUUCUUCCCUUAACAAGGAGUGUUGUUGUCCUACAUUAAAAAUCAUUUCGGAGUUUGCCACUGAACAAAUGCAUUGCAUGGUUAUUUAACUGUAAGUUGGGAUGCUGAUAACCAUACAAAGGAGUCAAUCUGUUUAGAAUUGCUUAUCUAUCUGCUCAGCUAAUUUUUGAUGGGAAAAAAAAAAAAAGAACAAAGAGCAGACAAUUUUGCUCCCUUUUAAAUUUGAGACUUGUGAAUGUACUAUUCUGUUGUCUUGUAUCUCAACUUUAUGAAUAUUAUUAUCCUGUUAAUUAUGGUAUUCUCACUGGCUGAGAAUGUACAGUGUAUAGUGUUAGGAUGUUUGCUGCUACUGUAAAAUACUAAGAGGAAUCUCUCAAAAUAACUUCCUUUGUCUCGCAAGGGAGUGAAUGACCAAGCUGGUGCUUUAAUUGUAUUUUCAUUUAUUAUAAUUCCCUCCUCUUAAUUUUAGAAUCACAUUUCCUGU